UCACGUUCACUUCCAAAAAACAAUAUAUUUACACUUUCUUGAUUUUGUGAUCGGUGUACGUAGCGCAAAAAAUGAAGACAACUGGUUCGGGCAUAGGAGGAACGAAGAGGAAGAUGUGGAGCCGUGGAAUGGGAGGAGCGGUUAGAGAGCAAAAGGCUAAGCUUUACAUCAUAAGGAGGUGUGUCGUCAUGCUUCUUUGUUGGCAUGACUAAAACACUUAUCAAAUCAUUAUGAACAUCAUCAUCGGCUUCAUGAAGACUAACCAAAGAUUUUCCUUCUCUUCUUCUCUCUUUCUUUUUUUUUUUUUUUGGAGUCUUACUUAUAUGUUAUAACCCAUGGGAAGAGAGCUUUAUAUGUAUUGGCAUCUAAAUGAAGCCAUAUAUGUAUUUUUUUUUGUAGUGGUUUUUUCAUCCCAAAGAAGGUUUUUUCAGAUGUAUAUUAGUAGCCAAUUAAUUCGAUAUCUCUUGUUGUUA